AUGUCCACUACAGAAGAAGUUAAAUUAGAAUCUCAUACAUCACAAUACAUCGAGAAUGAAAAACUUAUAAAUGAAGAAUUUAAAAUAUGGAAAAAAUCUGUUCCUUUAUUAUAUGACACUAUUCAAACUUAUGUUCAAGAUACUCCAUCAUUAACUAUUGAAACUUUACCAAAUUUAGAAUUUUCAAAUGAUCAAAAUGAAGUUGAAGCUAAAUUCUUAUUAGGGACUUAUUCUCAUCAUCAUCAUGGUGGUGAGAACUCAGAAAAUUAUUUAAAAUUAGCUUCAAUUAAAUUACCAUCAACUUUAACUUCAAAUUUUAAAAAAUCAAUACCAAUUCCAACUGGUUCAAAUUCAUUAUUUCCAAAAUUUCAAAUCUUACAAAAAUGGUUACAUCCAAAUGAAGUUAAUAAGGCAAGAUUUAAUAAAUUUAAUUCAAAAAUUGCAACAUUUACCAAGAGUGGUGAUAUUAAGAUUUGGGAUUUUAAAAAUGAAAAAUCUAUUCAAACUUUAAAAUUUCAUGAAAAAGAUGGAUUUGGUCUUGAAUGGGGUAUAAAUAAUGAAAAUUUAUUAACUGGUGGUGAAGAUUCUAAAAUUGCCUUAUGGGAUUUAUCCCAAAACUCCUCUGAAUUAAAACCAAUUAAAAUUUAUGAAACUCAUGAUUCAAUUAUAAAUGAUUUUUCUUGGAAUCAUAAAAUUACUUCAUUAUUUGGUUCUGUUAGUGAUGAUCGUUCAAUUCAAUUCUUUGAUACAAGAUCACAAAAUACUUUUAAUCCAUUAAUUAAAAUUUCAAAUGGUCAUAAAGAUGUUAUUAAUGCAAUUGAAUUUAAUCCAGUAUUAGAUUCAAUUUUCGUUACAGGUUCUGCAGAUAAUUUAAUUAAUGUUUGGGAUUUAAGAAAUACAGAAUCCCCAAUUAGAUCAUUAUAUGGUCAUAAUAAUGCUAUAUCUCAAUUAAAAUUUAAUCCUGAAAAUCCAAAAUUAUUAGCUUCUUCAUCAAAUGAUCGUAGAAUUGCUAUAUGGGAUUUAAAUAAAAUUGAUGAAGAAUUUGAUUCUGAUGAUUAUAUUAAAAAUGAUUCAGAAGAUCCAACUUUAGUUUUCAUUCAUGGUGGUCAUACUUCAAAAAUUUCAGAAUUUUCUUGGAUCCAAGGGAUUAAUAAUACUAUAAUAAGUUCUGGUGAAGAUUGUCUUGUACAAAUUUGGAAACCUCAUUUAUUAGAAGAUGAUGAAGAAAGUGAAGAGGAAGAAGAACAAAAGGAGGAAGAAACAAAGGAAUAG